AUCCUGUCGCAUCUGUCGGCAACCAGGGUACUGUCGCCCCCAAUAGAAAUGGGGCUUCCGAUGCGUUUUGAAUGCCAAUUUUCCACUAAACGUUUUGUCUGCAACACUGCGCGACGGGAGGGUUCGGGAUGUGGCUGUCGCUGGCGGCAUGCGACCUAUCUCGCUCAUCACUCUGGGAUUCGAAAUAGUAUCCGCAGGUCGGAUAAUUAACACCGCAUUGCCCCUGACAAUUCGGCAACGGUGGAGACCUGGGGUUCGGAGGCAACAGACCGUUGAGGAAGCUCGGCACGACGACAAUAUGACGAAGGGCCGAUCAGUCAGCUCGGGACCGCCUUUCUCCAGUCAGAACGUCUGCGGGGGUUUGUAGUUUUGGAGAUUUUGAUAGAGCCUUGCCAUCUAAUAAGCGGUCUAUAAAGAUUGGCCAUAGAGAUCCCGUCUCGAGUCGGAGGCAACCUUGAACCGAACUACAUCUCAAAUACACAGUGACACAGAUGCUUCAACGGCCCCGCACCGGUCAAUCAAACGAGC